AUGGCGGGGAACUUUUGGCAAAGCUCACAUUGCGCCCAAUGGGUUCUUGAUAAAGUCGAUCUUUUGCGAGAACGUCACGCAGAUUUGCAAGUGCUCACUGAGGACGAAUAUCAAAAAAUUAUCAUUUUCUUUGCCAAUUUCAUACAAACCUUGGGCGAACAGCUCAAGCUGCGGCAACAAGUGAUUGCCACGGCGACCGUGUUUUUCAAGCGAUUUUACUCACAAAACUCCCUUAAGUGUGUGGAUCCCCUGUUGUUAGCACCCACGUCGAUCUUUUUGGCCAGUAAAGUGGAGGAAUUUGGCGUCAUUUCGAACACGCGGUUAAUCAACACCUGCUCCACGGUGAUCAAGAAUAAGUUUGUAUACGCAUAUCCCAAUCAGGACUUCCCUUACAGGGCCAAUAACAUUUUGGAGUGCGAAUUCUACCUAUUGGAGAACAUGGAUUGCUGCCUGGUAGUGUUCCAACCCUAUCGGCCUUUGGUCCAGUUCUGCCAAGAUUUAGGCCAUGAGGAUAUCUUGGGUGCCGCUUGGAGACUGGUCAAUGAUUCGUUGAGAACCGAUGUCUCGCUAUUGUUCCCGCCUUAUCAGAUCGCUUUGGCGUGUAUUCACAUGGCAUGCACGGCCAAAGGUGUGGAUGCCAAGAACUGGUUCGCAGAAUUGAACGCCGACCUCGACAAAGUCCAAGAGAUUUGCAAGUACAUUCUGAAUUUGUACGAGCUUUGGAAAUCGUUUGAGGAGCGCAAAGAAAUGUGCGGGGUCCUAGCCAAGAUGCCCAAGCCCAAGAGCCCUCCCCAGAAUCAGAACCAAAUGCAGCAGCAGCAACAACAACAACAACAGCAGCAACAACAGCAACAGCAGCAAUUAUAAUCCGAGGUCUCGGGACGCUGCAACUCAUCUCAAUUUUCGCCCGCCGGCGAUCCAAGACUUUCAUCAAUCUGUUGUGCUUGAGUUUCACUCGGAAGAUUCGAUCUGAUUCUGGCGCAUGUAGAUGAAAUAAAAACACCAGAUAUCAUUUCAA